CUUUGCCCUAAAAGGUUCAAAAAUGAAGUGAGAUUAUCUAUGCACCUGCAGACACAUUGUCAAGAGCGACGUUUUAAAUGCCCUGAUUGUGCUAAAGCCUUCAAGACAAAAGCAUCUCUUACAAAGCAUGCUCACGUUCAUAGUAGUAUAUCAUAUAAAUGUUCUCGAUGUGAGAAAACAUAUAAAAGAAAAAGAUCUCUAAAACGUCAUAUGAAGUAUCACGAAGAAGAAGUACAGUUUCGUAUUCGUGAGUCGUUUUUUGAAAAGCAUGUUUUAGACCAUGCACCCCGUAAUGUAUCAUUUAAAUGUUCUCAGUGUGGGAAAACAUAUAAAAGGAAAAAUUCUCUAAUACGUCAUAUGAAGUGUCAUGCAGAAAGAAAGUUUCAGUGCCAUAUAUGUGAGUCAUCAUUUUUGGAAAACCAUGCUUUGGAAAAGCAUGUUUUAGAGCAUGCAACAAAAAAAUACCGGUGCACAGAUUGUGGAAAAUUAUAUUUAACCCAGCACACACUAAGUAGACACCCUUGCAUGUAUGCUGUGAAAGCAAUAGUAUGUCAGAAAUGCAGUAAAACAUUUACAAGAAAAUAUGCAGCAAACAGACAUGUAUGCAAAGAGAAGGGGGACAAGAUAACUGACUUAAAAAACAAUUCGUCGAAUCAUAAGCAAGAAAAAGAACAAGAAUACUCCAGAAUUAGCGUAACAUGUCGUUCCAUUAAAGAAAACAGGUUGAAUUGCAAAAAUACUCAGAAUGCUGAAGAUGAUGGGAUAUCCUCUGAGUGUCAGUACAAUAAUGAUAUUAUUUAUGUGAAAAUGGAGGAAUUCAUUUUACCAGAUGAUUAUCAAGAAGGCAAUCAUAUGGAUGAGCACAUCACUGCAGACCCAAAGGCUGACCCUCUCUGUAGUGAUAUUAAGAUAAUGUUAAAUACAGAUACCAAAGAUAAGAAUGCAGACAUUUGUCCUGGAGACAAAGGAGUUCAUCAGAGAAAUAUGGUUGAGAUUAGUGAUAAGUAGUUCCAAAAAGGGAACCUCCAGAUUUGUGCAUCAGUGUUCACAUUAAGCAAGAUGUUGAAAGUACUGAUCCAUUUGUUGAUCAUGAUUUAUAAGUGUGUAAUAUAUUUAGUGGUGUGUGGUGU